CCGAACUUAGCAUGCAACAAAACAUCUGUGAAAUAUUAUCCUUCAUCUCUGAAGACAAUAACGAACAAAGAUGUUAUACAGAAAUUCUUACCAAAGGUUGAAGAAGCUUCUAUUGACAUUGACGAAGGAAGUGAAAUGGUUGAAGAAAUAGACCCUGAAGCUAUUUAA